UGCUGCCCACUGACUGAUGUGAUUGUGCUAAAAAAUUACGACUAGAAAAAUAAAAAAUUAACCAAAUAAAAUCUUUACAAUGGAAUUAUAUGCUUCGUUUAUUUUAAUUGUUGGUCUGAUACACCAAGUCUUAUGUGCUGCUAACAGCAUAGAGGAAGACAUUGGAAAUGGCCGCAAUAUCAUUGAAGGCAGAGUAUUUCCACCUGAAGAACAAAACAUUAAUGGUUGGCAAAUAAACACAAGAAUACAUGUGAAUGGAGGAGAAUAUAUUGGCUUUAUCAGAGACGAUGGCACAUUUGUUAUACAUAAUGUACCAUCGGGAUCAUAUGUUGUAGAAGUUGUCAAUCCAGAUUAUAUGUAUGAACCAGUCCGUGUUGAAAUUAAUUCUAAGGGCAAAUAUAGGGCCAGGAAAGUUAAUUAUAUUCAGACCUCACAGGUAAUUCAAGUUCCUUAUCCUCUUCGCAUGAAGCCAUUAUCUAAAUUCCGUUAUUUCCAAAUUCGUGAACAGUGGAGACUUACUGAUUUUCUAUUCAACCCAAUGGUCAUCAUGAUGGUUCUGCCGUUACUCCUCAUUAUGAUUUUGCCUAAAAUGAUGAACGAUCCAGAAACUAAAGAAGACUUGAAACAAAUAGGCAAUCUAGCAAAAAUGUCUGAAAUGCCCGAAAUGUCAGAAAUGUUCACUUCUUUAUUCAGUGGAGGAUCUACCGCAAAAUCCACCAACGCUAAAGCUAAACAAGUAAAGAAGAGACAAUAAUAUGUUAUUCAUAAUUUAUUAAUUAACAC